UAUUAGUAUCUAAGUUACAGUUCAUGUUAAAUCGUGAUUUAGCUGUGACAACAGCACAGAAGCAGCACAUGCCUCAGAGUUUCCUCUGGAUGGGACUGUUUCCUCCAGCGGACGGGCUUCAGCUCAGGUGAUCCAGCUGCUCGCCGUGUAGUCCCCUCGCUCCAACUUCUGCGAACUGCGUCUCCCGUCGUUCCUUGCGUCGCAGUGUCAACAUGGCGCCUGUCUGCCGGACAAAAGGCGAAUCUGUCUGACGGCGGAUUGAAACCCAAUUAGAAACAGAGGAGACAUUUUGGGAAAACUGUCAGUGUCGGUGAGUCCUGGCGCCGCGAGGCAGCAGAUACAUGUCGGAGUGAGUGUGUGCGGAGGCUCUGACGCUGGAAUAAUCAGGAUGUUCCAGCAGUGUGAAGAGCCUCGUUUCACCAUCGAGCAGAUCGACCUCCUCCAGAGGUUGAGGAGAACUGGGAUCACCCAGGCGGAGGUCCUCCAUGCCCUGGACACCCUUGACCACCUGGACCGGCAACAUGGACAUAAGUUGACCCACAAACCUUCCUACAUGCCUCCCUCAUCUUCUUCCAGCACCGUCGCUGCCUCUUCAUCCAUGACUUCUGCUGCCACUCAGACAAGCUUCCCUGACAACCAACUUUCCAUGUCACCCAACAAUAACUUCGACACCACCUCCCUGCCUCUGCCGGUUCCAGUUGCCUCACCUGUUGUUAUGGCAGCGGUGGCUCAGAACGGCCUGGUUGCCGUCAGCAAUGGGAGGCUGUCACCGCCGCGGUUUCCUCUUGGCGUGGUUGGUGGCAGUGUAACAGCACCAGGCUACGGGUUUGAGGCCAGUGAAGAGGACAUAGAUGUUGAUGAAAAGGUGGAGGACUUGAUGAGAAGGGACAGUGCUUUGAUCAAAGAGGAGAUUAAAUCCUUCCUGGCAAACAGGCGGAUUUCCCAGGCCGUGGUCGCUCAGGUAACGGGGAUCAGUCAGAGUCGGAUCUCCCAUUGGCUCCUACAGCAGGGAUCUGAUCUCAGCGAGCAGAAGAAACGAGCCUUCUUUCGCUGGUACCAGCUGGAGAAGACCAACCCGGGUGCUACUCUGGCCAUGCGAGCUGCCCCACUGGCUCUGGAGGACAUAAUGGAGUGGCAACAAGCUCCGCCCCCGUUUGGCGCUGCCCCUGGUGGCUUCCGUCUUCGGCGAGGGAGCAGAUUCACCUGGAGGAAGGAGUGUCUGGCUGUCAUGGAGAGCUACUUCAGUGAUAACCAGUACCCCGAUGAAGCGAAGAGAGAGGAUAUCGCCACUGCCUGCAAUGCCGUCAUUCAUAAACCAGGAAAGAAGCUGACUGAUCUGGAGAGGGUCACAUCUCUGAAGGUCUACAACUGGUUUGCAAACCGACGCAAAGACAUCAAGAGGCGCGCCAACAUUGAAGCAGCCAUCUUGGAGAGUCACGGCAUCGAGGUUCAGAGUCCUGGAGGUCAGUCCAACAGUGACGAGGUGGAUGGCAACGACUUCCCUGACCAGGGAUGUGAGGUUUCCUUAUUUGAGAAGAGGGCUUCAGCCAGGCAGUUUGGGUUCAGUAGAGCUGACCUCUCCUCUCCAACCCAGGUUCCCACACUGCUCCCCAGCUGGUUCUCCGCUCUGAGUAGAGGAGGCUUGUCCGGACAGAGGGGCACGUCUCUGAUUGGCCGCUCCCCAGUGACAGGCACAGGUCCUCCGGCAGAAGGAUCCAGAUUGACGGGCGUGUCCUGGUCUCCACCGUCUCCUUCCCUCCAGGACGAACCCACCAUCCACAGCGUGCUGUCCGAGCCCCAGGACCCCAUCGGGUUGGAGAAGGCGGCUGCCAAUCAGGUGGAAGGGGCGGGCUGCAGCGCGGGGAAUGACAUCAAGACGGAAAUGCUUGAGGAUGACUGAAGAGGGUGGUGGAUAUUGGAGUUGUCAGAGAACAGGUGUGUUAAUAUGCAAGCUGAUUUUAUAGGAAUGUAAUAAGUGGGAAAAAAAUGACCAAAAGUCGUGUAAACGCCAACCCUGAGAUACCUCCCAACCCUACCUCCAACCAUCAACCUGCUCUGCUAUGCUCUUAUAGGCAUUACUAGUGUAUUAUAUCAAUGACAAUAAUAAUAACGGUAAACUUCUAUUUGUCAAAGUCCACGUCAGAUGACUGUGGAAUAUUUCAAAUGCCUUAAAAACAACAAAAUCAAAUAAAAAGGUGAAAUAAAUAAUAAUAAAGUUACUCAGUUAUGACAAAGAAAAUGCAUAGCCCUCAUCAAAAGUAAUGUGUAUUAUCUUACUCAUUAUUGUUUGUUGAUUUGUUUUUAUUAAGGCAUUUUUAAUCUUCCACAGCAGAGACUGACUAAGUAACAGGACUUGAUGUUUUGUGCAGAUUUCCUUGAUAAACUGCGUUUUUACAAACACUGUAUUCAUCACGGGAUUCAAAAGAUUUCAGGGUCUUGCACUGUGAUCACAACACAACUGAACAGCCUCAAAAACUAAAAUAUAUGAAUUUGACAGUUAAUUUUAACUGCUUGUUUUAAAAUCAGAGUUAUGUGACUCAUGUCAUCGCAGUUGAACACAUUUCACCUUUGCUGUUGAUUCCUUCCACUGAGAAGAACAGCAGAAUAAGCUUAGUUUUUUUUUUUUUUUUUAAGUCAAGGUCACGUCACAGCGUAAGAUGACUAAAAAUGACCAGUUCCUCUGUCCCCCACCCUGAUGAAAUAAGCUCAACAUAUGGAAGCAAAGAAUGGGCACAAUAAUUUGAAUUUGAACACAUUUUCCAUUUUUUUUAUGGUCACAAACUCUGAUAACAACUUCAGCUCUCCAGGUUUUCAGUCACUUGUCUGAGCUGCUCCCCCUUAGAUCACACGACAAAGAAAAUGUAACACAACUCAAUUGCUUUGCCCUGGCUGCUUGAAUGUUCAAAUUUAAAUUUCUGUUUUGAAAUAUAUGUGUAAAAAUGAUCACACAAGGUGCUUUUUAGUGCUAGAGUGAUGAUUUUGCUACAAAGAAACAAAUAUAACCCAAAAUGAAAAAUACCUUUAUUGCUGUGACUAAUGCAUGACAAAGAUAGAAAAUCCCCCCAAAUGUUGCUGCACAGUAUGUAGUCACCCAGAUGAUGGGGAAAAGUUUUUUAAAUCUUUGCCAUGCAUUAGCCACAUAAAUAAAAACUUGGAUGUGGACGUUUUUCAGUUUAAAAUGAGCCACUAGAACUUUUGACUUUAUAAAAUGUGUGAUCACAUUAUUUUUUUAGAAUUUUAAGAUUUUUUUUUCAAGAUUCACCAAUUUAAAUGUUAGAAAUAAUAUUUUCUUUUAAAUUACACAUUUUUAAAUGAGCUACAGAAAUUUUAAAGAAGAAUUCAAGUCCCAUGAGCAGGUGUCUUUCUAGAUAAAAUACUUCAAAUCUAUAAAUCAGGUGGUUAAGUGGAAUGACACUCAGUAGAGUGCAUACCUCAUUGCACACGCUCAAAGAUAUCAGUCUUCUAAAUAUGCCGGAUUAUUUCAUCCAUGAAUAAUUCAAUUGGAAAUAGUUGGGAUUGUUGAAAAAAAAAUUUGGGGUUAAAAACGAACCUCCUCAGUAGAAGUACUGUAAUUCGGCCUCCAGCUUCUAAUAAAAUUCAAAUCGUUAUGGCCUCUUUGCUUCCAUAUGAGUAACAAAUAAUUAAGAAAGAAAAAGUGACAAAUGUCACAUUUCGCCAAAUACAGAUUUGUGUAAAAACUAGAAAUGUGAGUGUCCAGGCGACCAAGUGUUCUUUAUUCAUUUGUGCCCUGUUCCGUGACGGAUGCUCAGGCAGAAUGAAUGAUCACUGUGAGAUCAUCUAUAAUCAAUAGAAAUCAAUCAACUGGGAGGGUUCAACAGUUUAAUCAAACUGUUUAGAUAUUACAGAUUCAAGUGUAAAGUGACUACACAAAUAUAAUAGAGGCGUAUGUACGCAUACGUACACACAUACGUAUAUACAGUAUAUAUAUAUAUAUGAUAUAAACUGUGAGGGUAUGUGUAUAUGUGCCCUGAUCCAUUUCUAGUUACAGUAUAUAAACAUAUAAGCUUCUAAAGAGAGAAACUAUCAAUAUGAGUCUUUGUUGUUGGCGAAGGUGAGUGAAGCAUUAGCCAAAGUAUUAAGUUUUAAAUUUUCUGAGUGUAUGAGAGUCAUGGAUAGAACUAUGUAUUAGAGAUAUGCUAAUCAAAGACGCAUCAGAUGUGUCACAUUAUCGCAAAGCUAAAUGCAUCGUUUUCCUCUGUAGGUAUAUCUGUGUUCGUGCCCGAUAUGCCAUGUGUUCUAAACACAUCAGUUUUCAUUUUAAAUGACACUUUAUUGGAUAAAUGUCAUGGUGCUUAAGAGUCGCUGCUGGUCAAACGCUUCGUGGUCAGUGACGGACCACAGACCAACUGAGGUUGUUCCUCAGGCUAAGAGUUGGAUUCUUUAGGGACGACCACAAGGAGAAGUCGUCUUUAUCUGAAACAUAAAUGUCUGGUCACUCGAGUCAAGAAAUAUUUAUCCCAGUACAGCCGCUGUAGAAGUCCCAUCUGUUCUCUGCUUUACAGUAAAAUCCUCAUGGAUCGUUAUUCAGGGUUUAACCCUUUAGACCAGAGUCUUAUUACUGGUUGGAUGAGAAAAUACUAAAUAACUAGCAGGAGACAUGCUUAUCUUAUCAUUAUUCAUCUCACUUGUGUGUCCGCUAUAUUCAUCAUCCAUCAUCACUUAUUCUUGGAGGGUCGUGGAGCCAAUCCCAGCAGGCAUCGGGUGAGAAGCAGGGUACAUCCUGGACAGGUCACCAGUGUAUCACAGGGUCAACUCAUAGAGACACACAUCUAUUCACACUCACACCUGCAGUUUAGACUUUCCACUUAAUCAGAACCUUCUUGCUUUGAGGUGACAGUGCUAACCACUGUGUCACCCAGCAAGUGAUAACAUCUCUGCUGUUUCCCUGAAUGAGCAGUUCAGAUGUAUUGUGUUUCUGGUUUCUGCAGUGUGAAUGGAUACAAUCAGCAUUCACUCCCUGGUCAAAGGACUCUGCAGUAGAUGGGUUUAAUCGACUCCGAUCGGUAGUGACGGAGACAUGACACGAUAGACAGCGAAGUGCGAGAGCUCCUCAGUUGUUGGUGCCCUCCUAACUUUGAAAAUGACUCAUUGGAAAACAACCGAAAGGUAAACUCCUCUUCUGUCAAUGGGAAAGAAGUCAUUCACCUUUUUGAACGGGUUUACCUGUGUUUAAAAACAACCUGCUCACAGGUGUAAAAGAGGAUGAGGGUGUAGUGAACCAGAACCAGAACAAUCAGCUAAAACAGGCUGAAAGACUACAGAGGGCGAUGGUCACGUUAUUCCACACAUUUGUUCCUGUUUCCAUUUCAGUGAAGCUUGGCUCCCUGAUGAGGUUUUAAUGACAACAUUUUGAAUGAGGCUGAUUAUUAGUCAGCUGCUUCUGUUUCAUUGUGUAGUGUGACCAUUGUGUGACACAGGUCAGGCUGUGGUGCAGUGUAACCGUUGGUGGAAAUAGUUCUUUGUCUUUAGCACUGCAGCUGUGAUCCGGCUUCACGGAACCAUGUCCCUGAUGUGACAUUAGUUAUUCAGCACAUGAGAUGUACUGAAGGAUUUUAAGUUGAAGUGCCUUAUUUUUUACAGUGUACAGGAUCAGUGCAGGCCGGAGGACUCCUACAGCGGCUGUAAACACAUGACUAAUGCUAACUAAGCUACGCUACAUAUGAACAGUGAAGUGGCUUCAUUCAAACCGGUUCAUCAUGUUGAUCCCCAAGGUGCUUUAUAGGCUCAGCUACUAGUUCAGAGUGAAACACUCGACACAUAUACCUCACUAAUAAUCAAACACCCCCCUUAGCUACAGUAUAAGCUACACCUGCUCCGCAGCUGCGUUAAUGUGAAUCAUCACCCGGACCGCUGGGAAUAAAAGAAGCUGUAACGACAGCCCACUGGCUAAUAACACCAACUUCAGUGUCCUUUUAAAAGGGAAAUUCCCUCAAACUCUAGCCAUUAAAUAUUAAUUUGGAAAGUAAAGGGAAGUUCCACUCCAGACAAAACCAGAUUUAUUUGUUCCUCAGCUCAGAGUCCAUGGAAUAAAUGUAUAAUAGUUUAUUUUGCUCCUCAUCCUGGUGGAGUCCAAACACGUCGUCAGUGUUGGUUUCAGACUGAGCGUCUGAGAAAGUGUUAAAUUUAGUGGUGGAAUGUCUCUUUAGUUGUGCGGCAGCAGAGCUGUCCUGGUGUCUUUGCUUUAAGCAGUUAGACUCUGAGGCAUCACUUAUGUAGCUUUGUCCUCAAUUUUUGCUUAUUUACACCAAAAAUAUCAAAUCAACCUCUCCGAGGGUUGGAAAAUGAUUUAUUUUUUCUUUUGAAUCUGCCAAGCAGAAGCCUUUCUGAAGUGAAUCUGUGGAUUCAUUUAAGACAAAGUGCUGUUCUGAGAUUAUUUCAGCAUUGAAAGCCUUCAUGGUGUUAUCGUGAAGUUGUACUUUAGAGUUCUGAUGCAGAUAAUUGAAAGAUUGUCUGUGUCCUUUUGUUUUUGUGUCAUUGUAGAGCCAAGAAAUCUGAAAGCAAAAAGACAAAUUCAACAAAUUAAAAACAAAAGAUUUGACACGCAUGCUUAAUGAGGAACCACAAAGUAAAUUAAACUGUAAUUGAAACGAGCUGCUGUCAGGGGGUUUUUUUGUGGAAAAGUUUUUGCUCUCAGAUUUUCUUCCUGCCUUGUUUGUUGCACAUGUUCAGUGGGUGGGUUUAAUCCACCUGCGUUAAUGUACAUUUCAACAUUAAAAAAAACAAAACAAAAUCUAUUAAAGCAAAAGGUUAAAAUGUCUUUUCAUAUAAUAAAAAAGUUAAGUCAUAUUAAAUUUCCCUUAAGCAACUUACAUAAGCAUUUGCAGUGUGUCAGACUUUGUUUCUGACGACAGCGUGUUUCCUUCUUCUCUGGUUUAAAUGCAGUUCUACCUUCAGCCUUCAUUCCUCUGUUGCCUCUGUUUUGUUUUGAAACGGCGAGCGUCCUUCACUGCUUCUUCACAGGAACGAAGCAGCUGAUGAAUCAGAUCAGGUCCUGGAACAUGGACGCGUGCACGUGUGUCCAGUCAUUCACUGUUUUCUCGAUCACGUUCAUAACUACUCAUUGUCGUCUCUUCCUCAACAAACACAGCAGAGUAAAUACGUACUGGAUCUGAGAUGCCUUCACUGGCUGCCAGUACCACAGAGGUAGGAUGAAUUUACUGGGCUGUAGAGGCGCCAUCUGAUCUGAGAUCUGCUGCCUGAACAGGCAGCUCUGAGAGUGAGCUUUUAUUGUAGUGGGAGAAAAAGACAGUUGUGAAAGCAUCCAGCAAAUAAAAUGUGGAUGUUCCAUCUUAAUGUUCUCAUUUAAUCAGCCAAUGACUGGAAAUGCGACUAAAAACAUUUGAUCUGCUACUUCAUUCUGGAAAUAAACUCUUGAAUAAUUCUGUGUAAGAAGAAAAUGAUCAAACCCUCAGCAGGAUGUUUGUUGUAGCAGUUUGAAUCUUUGUGUUUUCUUCUUUUUAAUCCCCUCUCGUUCUCUAUUUCAAGAUUUAGUGCCUUUUUUGGACGGUAGACUGUUCUGUAAUGGUUAUGUAGAAAAUCUACAUAUGCCUUUUGUUACUUUUUCAUCUGUUGGAUAAACCUUAUUUGUUAUUUUUAAGGUGUGUUUUUAUUGAUAUUAUAUUUACAAGGGAAUAAAAACUGA